GGUCAUGAGCCCCUAUCUCUGCCAAUUCGUCGGGUGUUGCCUUUUGAAGAAAUAAAUCUGUUGGGUUUGACUGCGCAAGGGGGGGGGGAUCAUCUUCACCACUAAACCCAGGAGUGGGUGGCUGUAUGUAUGCAGGCGACCUAGGAACCUACGAAGUCAUGAGAGACCUUCUAGACACACGAGGCACGAUAUACAACUCCCGACCAAAUUUCUUUGUUCUCGACCAGUGCAUGACCAUGGGCCUGAAAUCAGGGUUCCAGAGGUACGGUCCAGCUUGGGAGCACCUCCAUCGUCGUGUCACGGCAGCAUUCUUCAAGCCCAAGGGUGUGGAUGCGUACCAGGCCGUUCAAGAUCUGGAAACCAAGGAGCUCAUCUUCAACCUGUGCAGUCCAAUGCUCCACUAGCUCAAUUUGAGCGUUAUGCAGCUAUCCUCGCCUUCGUCUUGACGUACGGGAAAAGUCGAUAUCGUCCCAACCCUACAGCGACUGCCCGGGUGGCUUCUCCCGAUGG